GCUCAGCCGGAGUGCAGCGCGCCGGGCGCGCCUCGGAACUUUGUCCCAAGCGUGGAGCGGGGACCCGGGAGUGCAGGGGCGGGGAGCUCCCGCGGCAGGAGCGCGGCGACGGCGCUCCUCCUUUCUCCACGUCACGGGGGCCGCUCGCCGCUCUCCCACCCCCGGCCGAGGGAGAGCAACUCCCUUAGCAGGGCGCGCCGCCGAGUUGGCGAAAGGGGAGGAGGCGGGAGCGAGCCGCUGCAGCCGCAGAAAGGCCGGGAUCCCGGAGCGUAGCUCGCGGACCCCGCCGGGCUGGCCUCUGCAGCCGCGGGGACCCCGCGUUCGGGGCUCCCCUGCUCCCUUUCGUAAGUCGACUUGGCCACGCAGGCCAGUGAGGAACGCCCGGGGCCGGGGUGCAGAGCUGUCCCGCGGUGGCGGGUGCGGGGCUCGGAUCCCAGCCGCGGGGUGGCCGGGACGCCGGGACCCUUACCCCCUCGAGACUUUCACUUUCCCGCUGGGGAAAACUUGGGCGCCGCGUUGCUCUCGGGGGUGAGAGCUGGGGCGUCGGCCCCGGGGUGCCGCAUCGGGAUCCCGAGCUGAGCCCCCGCCUGGCUGCGCGCCUGCCGGUGUCGGCGCGCAGAUGGAGCCCGGAGCUACUGUGGGCGACCCCGCCGCGCGCCAAGCGGACGCCGCAACUUCGGGAACCCGCGCGGCGGCCGGGAGUCGCGCGGCGUGUGCGCACCAGGGUUUCCCCAGACUCUCCCGGAGCGGUGAGGACGCGGCUCCGGCAUGCGCCCUUUCCCGAGGCGGUGGUCGCGCAAUCUAGGACCUCCCGGCCGGGGCGCCAGGAAGAACCGCUCAGGCGAGGGGCGCCGAGAGGCAGGGUCACGACGCUCGCUUUUCCCGACUAGCUCGCCAGCUUCGCCCCAGCCUCGGGCCGAGCGACGCUGCGGGAGACCCGGCCGUGGGCGUCCUCGCCUGGGGUAGGCGGGAGGAUACACAAUCAGCUUUUGAUGUUUGCCCUGUGGACCAGAUGCACCAAAGCCAGAACCAAGUUGGCCACCUCCCAAUUUUUGUGACUAUAAAAACCUGCCUGAAUUCUGCACUUUUUUGCAGCAGCCCAGAUUUCUGAUGACCUUGAGGGGACCGCCAUCUGGUAAAUACAGCCUGAAUGAAGGCAUUCAAAUGUUGUUUUAAAUACCCAGCACAGCAGAAAGUUUUCAUCUUAUUUGUAACUCUGUGGCUGUUCUCCCUUUUGAAGCUUCUAAAUGUGAAAAGCCUUUUCUUCCCUCAAAGAGGUAUUUACUUGGUCGAGUCCUUCCUGAGUACCUCGCCUUUUGUAAGGAACAGGUACACUAAUGUGAAGAAUGAAGUCAGGUAUGACGUGAACUGCUCAGGGGUCUAUGAACAGGCACCUUUGGAAAUCGGCAAGAGUCUGGAAAUAAGAAGGAGAGACAUCAUUGACUUGGAUGAUGAGGAUGUCGUGGCAAUAACCAGUGACUGUGACAUUUAUCAGACCCUGCGAAGGUACCAUCAAAAGCCCGUUUCAAGGGAGGAGAAGAGCUUCCCCAUAGCCUACUCUUUGGUCGUUCAUAAAGACGCCAUUAUGGUUGAAAGGCUACUCCAUGCUAUAUACCACCAGCACAAUAUUUACUGCAUCCACUAUGACCAUAAGUCACCUGAUGUCUUCAAAGUUGCCAUGAACAAUUUAGCCAAGUGCUUCUCCAAUGUUUUCAUUGCCUCCAAAUUGGAGACAGUGCAAUAUGCGCACAUUUCCAGACUCCAGGCCGAUCUGAAUUGCUUGUCAGACCUCCUCAAGUCCUCAGUUCGGUGGAAAUACGUUAUCAAUCUGUGUGGGCAAGAUUUUCCAUUGAAGUCAAAUUUUGAAUUGGUAUCAGAGUUGAAGAAACUCAACGGAGCAAAUAUGUUAGAAACGGUGAAACCCCCAACCGGUAAAAUGAAAAGAUUCACUUAUCACUAUGAACUCAGACAGGUGCCUUAUGAAUAUGUGAAGCUACCAGUAAGGACAAACGUCUCCAAGGAAGCCCCCCCUCAUAACAUUGAGAUAUUUGUUGGCAGUGCUUAUUUUGUUUUAAGUCGGGCAUUUGUGAAAUACAUUUUCAACAGCUCCCUCGUUAAAGACUUUUUUGCCUGGUCUGAAGAUACGUACUCGCCGGAUGAACAUUUUUGGGCUACCUUAAUUCGGGUACCAGGAAUACCUGGGGAGAUCUCUAGGUCAGCCCAAGAUGUGUCUGACUUGCAGAGUAAGACCCGCCUUGUCAAAUGGAACUAUCACGAAGGCCUCUUGUAUCCGCGAUGUACGGGCUCCCACCUUCGAAGUGUGUGUAUCUUUGGGGCAGCAGAAUUAAGGUGGCUGAUAAACGAUGGGCAUUGGUUUGCUAAUAAAUUUGAUUCUAAGGUGGAUCCUGUCUUGAUUAAAUGCCUGGCGGAAAUGCUUGAAGAGCACCAGAGACAAUGGAUCACUUUAUCUUCAAAAAAAUUACUUAUGGCUAAAAAUCCCAUAAUCACAUCAUGAUGAAAUCAUGAUAGAAGGAAGGUGUCUGAUAAAUAGAGCUCUUAUGGACUUGUAUGCUCUACUGGGCAUACUGGGGUUCCACUUGAACUUAACCUCCUCAGAGUUUGCGAGGUGUCCAUAAUUCCAUGCACAAAGGCGACAAUUAGCCUGAAUUUGGUUGGGUGUUUUUAUGUUUGUUUCCUUGUAACCUUAUGGAGCUAAAUCAGAGAUUCUAAAUGGUCCAUUAUCAGAGCUCAGAAACUACUGAGCUCCAGCUGUAUGCCAGAUACUUUUAUAGAAACACGUAGGAAUUAAAUCCAAAUUGCAAUGAGUUGUACAAUGCCUUCAAGGCUUGCCCUAGCUCCACAGCAACCUUAAUAUCUUACAUUUUCCUCAUAGCAAUCAAGAUUCUACAGAAAAGGUGUUGGAGUGUGGGAUAAUCAUGUAACCAUUGAAACCACCAGUUUCAGGGUAGUGUUUAUGUUCAGUGACCAACACUCCACUUGUCUUUUAAUUCAGCUCCCUAGACUCUUCUUAACCAUUAGAAUAUUUGAAGGAGAAACCACUACCUCAGGAAAGCUCAAACAAUUGUCCAAUUUCUUCCUUGCCAAAGCAUAAUUUUCCUAUUGGUGCCUCACCCUUUGAGUUCAGAGUCCAAAGACUCUGUUGGCGGGGCAUUUACAGUGGGUGAAUGUCAGGGAGGCUGGGUGGGGGCUGAGGGGAUUGGGAUAAAUGGUGCCUGAAGAGAAACAAAGGGAUCUGUAGGACUUUCACAUCAUGUUACACAAUGACUUCGUGAGUGAUCUCUUUUUAAUUCAAUUAGUUCUUUAAAAUUAUUGAUUAAAUAUAAGAACUUGAUUAAUAGUUCAAAGUGUUACACUCCCAAACGUUGAACCUAAGUCUUCUAGCUCCUAGAUUAUCAUAUGUAGGGUUCUUUUAUAGUGGAAUUAGUGUAAUUUUGUUUUAUGGAACCAUUAAGCUAAGAAUCACUGAAUUUUCUUGAAAAGGUUUGUAAAAUAUGACAGCUUUCUAAAUUAACUAUUAUGGUAAUUUAAAAUUUUUGCUUACGUCUCCAGUAACUAUCCAAGUAGAAUCCAAGCUUAAACUUACAAAAACUAUUUAAGUCUACUGAAGUCUCCUCAGCUUAGAUAGAGGAAAAUUUAAGUUUCUUAAUGACAUAGGAAGAAUAUUCAUUAAUGGUAUUUUGUAAAACCUACACCUUAGAAAACUACCAGACGAAUCAAAUAUACAUCUAUUUUAAUGUCACUAUCUUGUACCUGGGGUGAAGUGGGACAGGAGCAGGGUCCUGAGAACAGGUUGUAGUAUUUUUUUUUUUACGUCUCAGGAAACAUGGAACUCAUGUAAAAAUUUUUUGCUGACCUUACGUUUCAGUGUCAGCCUCAGCAUCUACAUAAAGAUGUAGUAAUCAAGGCCAAUGUGAGACUAUUUGAAAGACUAGAGUAAAUAUUUUUGUAAGUGCCUGUGUUCUACCUGUGAAAUGUACUUUGUUGGUUUUAAAAUGUUUAUGAUACUGAGAGCCAAGUGGCACCACUUCUCUCCCCUUCUUCUCUGGAACUCAUUUUUCUUUCUCUUUUUUCCCCCUACCUCCUUCAAAUUACUUUAUUCUCCAGAAACAACUAUGACCAAAUUCCUCUUCUUAAAAAUAAGUAACUGUUGAGGGCCCCUGGGUGGCUCAUUCAGUUUAGUGUCUG